AUGGCCGAAGUUGCCAAACCGACGCAGGAGGGCCCAGUCGCCGGCAGGAAGAAAUUUGCAACGCCGCCGGUCAAGAUUGCCUGUCUCGCCUGCCGUGCCUCAAGGACAAGGUGCACAGGCGAGCACCCUUGUGCCCAGUGCACCACCAGAGAUCGCCCAUGCGUCUACAAGCCGAGUCGCCGCGGCGGUCCUCGUGUGCGCAAGAAGCCGCGCCUGCUCGGGGACAAUAAUGAGCAGGCUACGGCCGACCCUGAGCCAGCACCCGUGGUGCUGCCCAAUCUGUCAGUCGAAAGCUACAUCAAUCCAGGCGCAGGGUUGAAAAACCUUACCGAAGUGAUGAAUGAUAGUGACAUGCUCUUCGACAGUUUGUUUAGUAAUUCUGCGAAUCUUAUCCUUAACGCCUACUACAUAUGGAUACACGCAUAUUUCCCCAUUCUUCCACCACCAACAGAAGUUCCUCUCAUGCCCGACGAGGCUGUGCCUCUAUAUGAGAGUCGACCCAAGGAUGUAGAUGAGUCUUGUUCACCUCUUGCUCUUGCCAUUUCGGCAAUACUGGCACUUAUCCCUUGCGCCCAAGACGUAAACCCCCUGGCUGAAGAAUCGAUCCUCUUCCGGCGUAAAUAUGCCCAGUUCCUUGCGCAAUCAGCCUUUGAGGCUAUUGAGGUAGAAACCGAAAAGCCUGAAUCAUCCAUGGACCCAUCAAGAGCGCUAGAUGAUUCUGAUGACGAAUACUCUCGUCAACCGUUUCAUCUGGGCGUUCCCGUCCAGCUAGAGCACAUCAUCGCACUUGACUUGCUAAGCGUUUACGAGUACGCCCAGCGCGGUAACUUGAAGAGGAUGAGGACGAGGGCCAAUGCUGCUCUGAUGUCAGCAAUGAGCCUCUCUCUACAUACCCAUACCGACGAUGAUGAUGUCUACUCGGAGGCACGACGCCGUGUCUGGUGGAUGACAUUUGUUUGCGUUUGUCAGAGUUCCAUCGUCAGCAAUACGAAACCUGCUUUUGACAUCUUUUCACCGAGUUUCACGUCCAAGAUGCCAAUUAUCCAAGCUGACCCUGAGGCUUGGCCUUUGUUUCUCAAGUCACAACAGGCCAUUCUCACCGCAACACAAUUUGUCAUUGACCUCAAUGCGGCAAUGAAAUCCCAGUCUGACAUGACACACGUAUAUCAGAGGAUGGUUGAGCUUGAAGUGUAUUUGGAGCCUCUCGUCGCCGCAUCAGAGGCCUGGGUUUUGAGCUGCCCACCCACCCGACUUGUCGACAGCCACGAAACUGUUGUUGCCCAAGCUUUGCGGUGUAUGUCAAUAAUCAAAUUGAACAGUGCUCGCAUCAAAGUGCACCGUUACUGCGCGUUCUUCGACUUGCCUGUGUUCCCUCGAAAGAACUGCGACUUGAAGCCUGUAACACCAAGUGAGAGCAAGGAUGCCCUACGUCACUGGCCGACAUGUUGUGCCACUCUCAUCGGGCACUCAGGACCUUCAAGUCAUACAGGCUCCUCCUCUUCUCCAACACUUUCACCUCGACUGACACCUCAUUCCGAGGGUAGCGUGCAAAACUUCCAGGCACCGGUGACACCAAUUUUCCCUUUCAGCAGUCACCAAUCAGCCAAAAUCUGUCUGAAAUCUGCCCUCAGUAUCUCGAAUGCGUUUGAUAUACUCCCAUAUCCCAACCCCACCACACAAACAGCUGAGGGCCCCUCUUACCUUGGUCCAUUCUCAAGUGUUAUUGCGCCGAGAACGAUGCCGUCAUUCGCUUGUUGCGCUAUGCAAUGCGGCUACGUGCUGCUCAUGGUCCAUGAAAAGACGCAGACAAUGUACUCCGGUUGGAAUGGUGACACUGGAUCCUUGGCCAAUAAUCUUCUUGGCAGGCUGCAGCAAGGUCUGCUCUCGAUAUUGGCCACACUGGAAAACUAUGGGACUGCGUUUGAAGCUCUUGGUGGAAUGAGAGAUCAAAUUCGAGACAAGGUAUACUCUUCGGUCAGUUUCGACGCAUGA